GUCUUAUCCAUCAGCAGAAUAUAGACAGUUAGUUACAAAUGCUACAAUCGAUGAGCCUAAGAGUCGACCAUCAAUAACAGAUAUAUUUAAUACUCUUAUUUUUAUAUCUGAAAGGCAAAAAAACGAACUACCUAACUUUUUUUCGAAUAAGAAUGAUCAUUCAAAUGCAAAUUUAGAAGACGAAUGCCUUAUUAAUACAAUAAAUAUGCCCUCAAUGACUUUAGAUGAGGCUAUUCAACAGCAUAAAAAGCAUGAUGGUAACAAGCAAUGCGCUUGGAAUACCUUUUGUUUAUAUGCAAACCUUGGAAAUCCUGAAGCAAAAUAUUACCUUGGCUACUAUCUUCUUAAUAAUCUUCUUGAUAAACCUGAUUAUUCCAAUGAUAAAAGAUAUCAGCAAGCUGCUCUAUAUUUUAAAGAGAGCGCUGAGUCGGGUUUUGUUGAAGCACAGCUUCGAUAUGGAUACAUGGUUUGGAAUGGUUAUGGUUUAGAAAGAAAUAUUGAAGAAGCUAUAAAAUAUUAUAAGCUAGCUGCAGAUAAUGGAAACCUUCAAGCUAUGUUUAAUAUUGGCCAAAUUUAUUGGGUUCGAAAUAAUUCUAGAGAAGAAAAACAACAAGGAGAGGAGUACUUGCGUAAAGCUUCAUAUAAAGGUCUACAAACAGCUAUAGAAUUUUGUAAUAAGUUUGGUAUAGAACUAUAG